AUUCUUGACUCUGCAGUCUUGGGUUCAAGUAUUUCUUCAUCUCGUAUUUCUCGUGCUUUUCGUGCUCUUCGUUUCGGCUAUAUCGCCUUCAUCUCUGUGGCUUAUUGUUCUUCGUGUCUUUAUCGAUAUUUUGUGUGAAAAUGUCCGUGGGAAUCGAUUAUUCGCAUUUUAUUAAUGCUCGUUCUUCCAGAAGGAGACCUGCUUUAACCAGGGAAAUAACUAAACGUCAAUAUGGCGUCAAGGAUCUCAUCUCGCUGGCCGAAGGCGUGCCUAAUGACAGCACCUUCCCCUUCGCGUCUAUCACGGUCAACCUCAAGGACGGCUCGUCCUUCGACAUAGAAGGGCAGCAGCUGACCUCGGCACUGCAGUACAUCCCCACCCAGGGCUACCCGCCGCUGGUCAAGUCGGCCAAGAACUUCACCAGAACCAUCCAUAACCCUCCAAACUGGGAGAACUACGAGACACUCAUCACCAACGGAUCGCAGGACGGAAUGAGUAAGGUUCUGGAGAUGAUCUUGGAUGAUGAAGACAGCAUUAUGGUACAAGAGCCGUACUAUGCUGGGACUGACGCAAUUCUGAAACCAUACAAUAUCAACGUGAUCGGUGUAGAGCAAGACCAGUUCGGCAUAGUCCCGAAAAAACUUAUCGAAUCCUUGGAGAACUGCCAAAAAUACACGGAAGAAGGUGGAGGGAGUAUGCCAAAAGUCAUUUACCUGAAUCCAACAGCUUCGAAUCCAUCUGGCAGAACGAUCCCGACGGAAAGAAAAAAGGAGAUCUACAAAAUCUGCUGUGACUACAAUAUCCUUAUCUUGGAAGACGAUGCCUACUAUUUUGUGCACUUUCUAGAGGAACGCCCAAUGUCUUUUCUGAGCAUGGAUACCCAAGGGAGAGUGAUAAGGCUGGACUCCAUGUCGAAGGUUCUCAGUUCCGGACUGAGACUGGGCUUCCUGACUGGACCUAAGAGAUUGGUCCAGAAUAUCGAGCUGCAUAUUUCCAGUGAUAUUCUGCACUCCAGCGUCCUCUCGCAGGUGAUUCUGGAAAAACUCUUCGAAAAAUGGGAAAUCAGCGGCUUCCUAGCCUACUUCGAAGAAGUCAAAGCCUUCUACAAAACUCGCCGCGACUACACCCUGGCCUGCAUGGAGAAACAUCUGAAAGGCCUCUGCGAAUGGGAGUCUCCCACAGGAGGCAUGUUCAUCUGGUUCAAGGUCCUUGGAGUCUCUGACGUCUACGAGAUGCUUCUAGUCAGAGGGAUCAAGAAGCAUAUCACCUUCAUUCCUGGCCAGAACUACAUGGCUGAUCCCACCAAGGCCUGCAACUUCGUGAGGGCUUCCUACAGCAAGGCCAGCUUGAAGCAGAUCGACAAGGCCAUGCAGCUGCUGGCAGAGCUGAUACGAGAGGAGCAAGUAUUGUUGCGAAGGAAACUGGACAGUAUAGAUGAUGAUAUUAUAAUCAAGUAGUAGUUAGCCUGCGUAGAAGCCAGGAAAAACACCAUGAAUGCUGGAAAGCCCAUCGUUGAAUGACGCUAUCUGCAAAAUGAAUCGUUCUUGAUUCCACAAACAAACACAUACUUAUAUCUGACAGUAUUUUUGGAUUUAUGGAAGAAGUUAUGAUGAAAACCAAGAUCAAACUCAAACUACCCACCUAUUCAAAUGGGGCAGUGAAGUUUUUUUGGGUUGCCAUAUCCUUUCAUGAGAAGCGGGUCUGGUAUAUGGGUAUAUCUUAUAUUACAUUCAAUCUCAUAUUCUGAGAUUUGCAAAAUUACAUUCACGUAAAAUUUUUUGCUUGAAAAUACAGUAUAUGAUAAUUCUCCUACCUCGAAAUUAUUAAACAUCGAAAUUAUCAGCUUGGUAUUGUGAAAAUAUACACCAUGUAGAGAUGGUGGUAGUCAAAGACUGCAAAGGAAGAUGUUCUUCCACAAUUAUGUGUCACUAUUUGGAAAUCUAUUUUUUUUCACUUUACUAAUAGACACUACACUGUCAUAAGAUGUGUAGUAUGAUAGUUUGUACAUAAAACCUGCGCUCUAGUUGACAUGUAAUUGAUAUGUAGGAAGUUUUUGUAGAUUUUUAGUCAUGUAUGUACCUACCUACCGAUUAUAGUUUCAAAGAAUAUAACCUG